UAAGCUCCGUGGAGGUGUUUAUUCCUACAACAACAAGAGGCAAAAUGUUACGUAGAAAAGCAAAAAAAAUUGCCAUGGAAAGGUUCAACUGUACAUCUGUACCUGAAUAUUUUUUUCGAAAUUUCGCCUGACUGUCACUUCCAUCAAAGAGAAUAAUAUUUAAAUUGGCGCGAGAAUCGUGUGAAUGACACAACAAAACUAGUAUUGACCGGAAUAGGUAAUGUGAAACAAGCAGUUGCGUGUCGUGGUAUAAACCAUCGAUAAAAUUAGAGUGUGUUUAAACAACAAAACAACAAACUAAAAAAUCCCAAUGAAAAUGUGAAUAUUUUUCAAAAUUAGUUAUGAUUUUUUCAACGAACGUGUGAGCAAAAGUGUGUGGAAUUUUCCAAAAAUGGGCGAAAUGUCAAACGAAAUGAAUUGUGAACAGCAAAAGUAAAUUGAGCAUGUCGAUUCCAUAAGAAUUGAGCCGAAAAACUUGAGACACAAAAAAAAAGUUGUUCAGUGAACAUCGCGUGUUGAAGUCCGUGCAGUUGUGUCGCAAAAAAUGUGUUCUAAUACGGCUCAUUGUGCACCGACGGCAUCACAAAAAAUAUGCACAGCCGGUAUGACAAUAAACAAAAACAUGAAUCUGUCCCGUUCUACCCUUAUUGUCAGCUGAUGAACCAUUUUUCUAUUCUGUGUGUAUGUGUUAGUGAGAGAAGGGCCCAUUACGCUCGUACGAUGCCGGCGUCAUUGAAACCAGAGCAUCUCACACAGCAUCUCACACAUAUACAUGCGCAUUGCGCAAGUUACUUUCAUCGUCCGAUCUCGCACUUAUACAUUUACGUUAAUGACGAUUAUGUUGAUGUUGAUUGUGUGCUGUGCUUUGUGGGGACUUUUAGUCGUGCAAAAAUAACCAUAGUGACAACAACGAAACAAAAAAAAUUUGCUACCAAACACCAUGGCAGAAUACCGUUCCGGGAAAAACAAUUUCGACGAAUACUGUUGGAAAUGUCACAAAACCGAGCCGGGUCUAUUUUGUACAGAAUGCGAACGAGCAUUUCACAUUUCGCCGGCCUGUUCAAAAUCAAAAGCAAUGACUGCCGAAGCGCAGAGUUUAUGGAGAUGUCCCGAAUGCAUCAAUUUUGAAAGAGAUCGCGUUGAAAGCCAAAUGGAUCAGCCGUAUUUGAAUCGGGUUUUGGGUCUUGUUGCCGACGGGCUUCUUGCAGAUGAAUAUCUAUGCAGCAAACUUCUGAACAUUGAUUUCUCGGACGUCGAUGAAACCGUAUUCCAUCCACUGGAUCUGGCAAAAAUCAAGGACAAAACCACGAAGCAGCAAUAUCGAUGCAUUGCAGAAUUCUCGGCCGAUAUUAAGUGGAUUGAGCACAAUGUCAAAGCACACUUGUCACGACGUGACAAAGAUGCCGUGGAUAAGACAAAAUGGUUAGUGGAUUACACAAAUGAAGAAAUGGCAUCCAUUCGUAUGUGUUCCGAGUGCUACUGUGAAGCGAACCAAAGACCAGAUAAUUGGAUGGUUCGGCCUUGUCAAAAGCCCCACUUAUUGGUGUGGGCUAAACAAAAGGGAUACCCAUAUUGGCCAGCCAAAUUAUGUACUGUUGACGACACAGUUGUUGGCCGUCCAAUGGUCGACAUCUAUUUUUUCAGUGAAAAUAACAAGCGAUCAAGAUUAUCGGCCACCAACUGUCGAAUCUAUUCGGAAGAAAAUCCUGGCAACGUUGACUCACACCAGGAUGCAUUAAAACUCGCAAUUUAUCAAGCCGACGAGUAUCGAAAAAAUCUCAUCUUUAAAUUCGGUUCUUUUCAUUUUGGACCAAAAAACGGACGGCUAGAUGUAAGAAAUUUGGAGCGUCACUUAUAUGAAAUGAUUCCCGGGGCAUGGAAACAAUUAGGCCAUGAAUAUGCUCCCAAACCAAUAUCGAAAGAACGCCGACAAACGAUCGCAUCGGUGAAAGGAUUGUCAUCAAGUGUUGGCAACGUACACUCUCGUCGUAAAUCGAUUGCUGCGAACACCCGACGAUUAAGUCAAACUAUUUCCAUGGACAAUAAGAAAUUGUCGAUGAACGAAGCCACAACAAGUUUUGAUCAUAGCUCAUUGCGAAUUGCCAAACCGAAGAAGCAAAAAAUUUACGAUAAUUUGUCAAUCAGCUCGCACAAAACAGUUAACCCACCGGCACCAAUUACUUCAACGAAUGUGGUGCGUCCUUUUGAAGUUCCAGCAGGCCAAAAGGCACGAAAGACAUUCCCAAAUACACCACACUUCAUUCCAACUGUAAAAAUUCCGAUCGUACCAUCAGCACGGGUUGAAGUCAAGCAAGAAACAAAAUUGUUUGAAAAGCGAGGCGAUUCGUACUUGAAAAGCGAGGUAAAGAGCGACGUGGAUAGCGAUGUGGUGAUUAAGGAGAUUCCAUCGCAAACGAUGACAGUCGAUUCAAGUUCCAUGUUCGCUAUUCAAAAUGCCGUGAUCGAACAAAGCACGCUUCAAAUGACCGAAUGUAUUCGUUCAUCGUUGCAAUCAACAUUGAUGAACUUUCGCGACAUUCCAUUGUUAUCAAAUAAAAUGUUGCAAGAAGAGAUCGAUCAGUUACGCAUAAAGAACGAUUUAUUGACGCUGGAAAAUCGCAAUAUGAAGAGCAUUUUGGAUCAACACAAUGAAUGUAUUGAGCAUGAAGCCGAUUUGAUGACACAAAUUGAAGGUCUGAAUGCGAUCAUCGAUCAAUUUAAAGCCGAAAAUGAACGGUUGAAACGUGAUUUGGAGAGAAGCGAUCUUAAGAGGAAGAAACAAUGGUGCGCCACAUGUGACAUGCCCGGCAGCCGAUACUACUGCAGCAAACCAUGUGAAGAUUUGGCCAUGAGUUUAAACAAGAAAUAAGAUUUUUUCAUCUCAUACCAAAACGCCUUCUCAUCGUACACCAGAACACCCAAUCAAAUAUCAAUGACCGACUUCAAUCCAAUACAAAUUCCCACCAUACACGAUUUUUCUUAUUAAGAAUUAAAAAGAAUUUUUAGAAUUAAUAAAAACUUGAAUUACAUUUUCAUGAAAAAAUGUAUAAGAAUUUAUUAUUAGUUAGAUUUAUAAGAAACAAAUUCUGUAAUAUCAUGUGACAGGGCCACAAUGCUCAUUUGUGAGCAAAAGAAUUGUCUACUACGAUAUUCCAAUUCAUUAAAUUCCACCAAAACCAAUUUGGUUUUAUUAAGACUA